GAUGCGGGCACCACCUUUUCCGGUUGUCGUUGGUCAUUAGCUGUCAUGGAUCCUGUCGAGAUUAGAGCUGUGUAUCCCUGCUGUUUUUGAUUGCCUUGAUGAAUGUUAACGGCGUAAAUAUCGCUGCCGUGUGAUCACGCUUUUGCGUAACGGCGCUGUGACACUCGGACACGCGCGUCAGCCAUCAGCGGCACCCAUGACCGCCUGAAGUGGUCGGGAGCUUCGUGCCUGUGCGGCUCUCUUGUGAAAAGAGCGAGCCGAUCGCGAACUGUUCUGUGCGAGAAUGCCUCAAUCGUUGGAUCAGUAUCUAUCCUCUUUACUCGCAAAGUACCAUUAUCCAGACCAGGCCAAGAAGGACAUCACCAAUGCACUCCAGCACUACCGCAACCUCUCACCGACUACCUCACAGUUUGUGUUCAACGAUGGCAUGAAAAAGGAGCUGUUCUGCCUGGACGGCACCAUCCCAGUAAACUACAAAGGCAUGACAUACAACAUCCCGGUCUGCAUCUGGCUGCUGGACACGCACCCGUACAACUCACCCAUGUGCUAUGUCAAGCCCACCAGCUACAUGCAGAUCAAGGUGUCCCGGCACGUCGACCAGACGGGUCGCGUCUUCCUGCCCUACCUGCACGAAUGGAACCCAAGCUCAUCAGACCUGCUGGGCCUGAUCCAGGUGAUGAUCAUUGUAUUUGGCGAGACACCACCCGUCUUCUCGAAACCACAGGAGGAUGGUUCACCUGCCUACCUAGGAGCCAGGAACACGGCUACAAGCGGAGGCGGCUUCUUCCGCCCCACGACGGGGGUGAUGCCACCGGCCAUGGGGGGCCAGCCUCCGUACCCGACAUCGGGGACAGCCAUGCCACCAUAUCCCCCAGGAGGAGCCACCGGCAUGCCCGCACCAUGGACACCCUACCCAGCGCCCGCCAGCGGUGCUGCAUCAGCCUCGGCAAACACGGUGGGCGGAGGGGGAGGCGGCAUGCCCCCGUACCCAGUCUUCCCCCCGGUGGCGUCUGGCGCAGCACCGUACCCGCCCUACCCAACGUCGGGCCCCGCCACGGCCAACACGGGAUACCCGUACCCACCAGCCAGCACUACAAGCACAUCGGUUGGUGCGGCCAGUGUCUCCCAGACGGGCACCAUCACCCAGGAGCACAUCCGGGCCUCUCUGCUCACAGCCGUCGAGGAGAAGGUUAAGGCCCGUCUCAAGGAGGCCCUCUCAGGAGCUCAGGCGGAGAUGGACGUCCUGAAGCGCACUCAUGAUGAGCUGACGCAGGGCAAGACAAAGCUAGAUGACAUGAUCAACCGCAUGGACAGAGAACAGGCAGAGCUGGAGGCAAACCUUCAGAACCUGCGUGAGCGCAAUGAGGAACUGAAGGAGCUCAUCCGCAAAGUGGAGAAUCAAGGAAGCAUCAACGUCGACGAAGCAGUUGUCACCACUGCACCUCUCUACAAGCAGCUCGUCAAUGCCUUUGCAGAGGAGAAUGCCACGGAGGAUGCAAUCUACUACUUGGGCGAGGCACUUCGCAAGGGGGUCAUUGACCUCGAUGUGUUCCUGAAGCAUGUUCGAGAGCUGUCAAGAAAGCAGUUCCUGCUGCGAGCCCUGAUGCAGAAGUGCCGGGAAAAGGCCCAACUUCCAUAGUCAGCGAUUGCCCCCGACUGUCUCGCAACUUGAAGGCAUCAACACAGCGAUGCUGGGACCGCAUUGCAAGCAACGCCGUCACGCUUGUGUUUCAUGCGAAGAGCACUAGAGAAAAAUUUGGUGCUAGUGUCAACGUACGCCACCCAUCAUGGAAAUUAUGGGCAGUGUAUGAAUUUGCGUAAACUUCAUCCAUGUGGUUUUCAAAUGACCUUGUGAGUUCUUGUGUCAUUUCUGACAGUCAUUUUUUAUUGCAGAUAGUCUGUAUGGUUACAAUUAGUCUCAUUUCAACUCUAAUUCUACUUUUUGGAUUUCAGAAGAUAUAAUUGUUUCGAAUAUAAGAAUUGCACUUUGUGAGUCUUACUUACUAGCACAAUCCAGAUUUGGCAACAGCAUACUUAAAAGCAUUGUGAUUUUGCUCAUAUGAGAAUUGCACAGUGAAAUUAUUUAUUGAAAUUAAUUAUAUUCGUGAAUUUAAGCCAUUAACAAUCAGAAAUAUUGCGGCACUAGCGUACUUGCUACUUGAGCCACCAAAAACAGUUAAGUAAACUGUGAUGUGCUUUCUUAACGUAUCCAAUUCCAAAUUGUCAAAGAAUCCAUGUACUACCCUUGAAUCCUAUGGAGGCGUUAUGACUGCAAUGCCAUAUUUCCCUCUGGUAAUCUUCAAUAAACUGCACCAGUGUAACAGGGCGCCCUGGUGUGAGGAUGAAACCAUAGAUUGAAUGGGGCUCCUGUGUACACCGGUGCAUACUGGUUUGGUUUAUUGAGGAUGCUAUUAGUAUGAAACUCCGUGCCGUGGAUGAGCCAGCAAUGUGUCAUCUGCUCUGGAACUUCUGUGCAGUGAACAGUGCCACUAAUUAAAUUACUGGCUUUGGCACCUUUGCAAAUAUCAGCACCCUAUUUCGUUGUUGUUGCUGUUGUGAUGUUAAGUUCUUUUCUUUAUUUAGUGCUAGUGAAUAUCAUAGUCCUUGCUGCUGAAGCAAUUCUGGAGUGAUUAAAAUAUAAGCCUUACAUUUACAGUUUUGUUUUUUGAAGUGCGGCAGGCAAAGAGUUUCCUACAAAAAUCCAGGGGGGAAAAUCUAGCACUACCAUCUAGGCAUCAUGGAACUGCCAUGACAUGGAUAGUUAUGGCUUGUCUUCAAUGUGGCUUGUCCUAAAGCAUAGCCAUGGCUGGGGAAAUAAAGCUUUCUUUGAAUGAAAUGAUCAUAAAAUGU